AUGGAAAAUAAUGUUACCGAGUUUAUCUUCAUGGGUCUUUCCCAAAAUGAGAAAGUACAGCAACUAUGCUUCUUUUUCUUAUUCUUUUAUAUGAUACUCAUGACUGGAAAUUUUCUCAUUAUAAUGACCAUUCAAAGGAGUCCAAAUCUCAACUCUCCAAUGUACUUCUUCCUUAGCUUCUUAUCCUUUGUGGACAUCUGCUAUUCCUCUGUUACAGCCCCCAAGCUGAUUGUUGAUUCCCAAGCCAAAGUCAAGAGCAUCUCUUUUGCUGGUUGUAUGGUGCAGCUCUUUUUCUGCCAUCUGUUUGGCUGCACAGAGAUCUUCAUUCUCACAGUGAUGGCAUAUGACAGGUAUGUGGCUAUCUGUAAGCCUCUACACUAUAUGACCAUUAUGGACCGGAAGGUCUGCUCUGUAAUGGUGGUAACCUGUUGGUUAGGAGGGUUUGUGCAUUCCUUCAUCCAGACCAUCCUCACUGUACAACUGCCCUUCUGUGGUCCCAACCUGAUUGACCACUAUUUCUGUGAUGUCCACCCUUUACUGAAGCUGGCUUGCACAGACACAUAUGUGGUGGGGCUCAUUGUGAUAGCCAACAGUGGCAUGAUUUCCCUGAGCAGCUUUGUCAUUCUUAUGGGUUCCUACAUUGUCAUCUUGCUUUCCUUUAAGACCCAUUCAUCAGAGGGGAGGCGCAAGGCCUUGUCCACAUGUGCUUCCCACAUCAUAGUGGUGAUGUUGUUUUUUGUCCCCUGUGUCUUCAUGUACCUAAGACCUUCCACCACUUUUACUGAGGACAAGAUGGUGGCUGUGUUCUAUACCAUCGUCACACCCAUGUUAAACCCUCUGAUCUACACCCUGAGAAACAUGGAAGUGAAAAAUGCCAUGAAGAGACUGUGGAUGGAGAGGUUGUUGGAUAGAAAUAAGAGAGAUUCUGGUGUGAAGCUCAGUGGAAUUGGUAUCGCCCCAGUUGUACCAGUUUCCACAAGGGUUGCUGGGAAGAAGUUAACUAUCAGCCCUUAA